CCUUCUUCCUUCUACUUCUUCCUCAGCUGCUCAAUCCGAAAAGUCUUUCCCACCUUGUUGACUCCGUCUUCUUCACAGACAUGGCGCGGAGACCAGGAACCUCCGCUUCUUCUUCACCCACGAUGUCUCCGUCACAUCGGAUGACCAGCGGCGGCGGAGGAAUCUCAGGCAAGAGCACGCUUCGGAAACAAAACGCCGCGGAGCUGCUCGCGAAAGUCAUGGAGAAGCGCGAUUAUGAUUAUGAUUACGACGAUGAAGACGGAGGCGAAGAUCUGUACCAGGUACAUCUUCCGCCUCUUACUCAGUCUCGAAGACGAGGUGAUAAGCGUACCGGUAAGGGUCCGGUCAGCGGGAAAAAGGCUCCGGCGAAGAAACCGGUCAUACUUCGUCCGCCUAAAUUUGACGGUGAAUCCGACGAAGACGAAAUUAUACCCGAUGUGCCCCAGAGUCCGAUGAUAAUUCCUAAAAAGAAUGUUAGGGAUCCGAAAAAAGCUCCGACGGUGAAACCAGUCGUACUUACACCGGCUAGAUUUGACGAUGAAAUAGACGGUGACGAAAUCAUAGCUGAUGUUCCCCGGAAUCCAGUGGAGAUUAGGGGUCCGGUCAUCGGGAUGAUAGCUCCGGCGGUGAGACCAGUCGCACUUCCGCCGCCUAAAUUUGAUGAUGAUGAAGUCGACGGUGAUAAAAUUAAAGGUGACGUGCCUCGGAAUCCGGUGGAGAGUCCUGAAAAGACUAGUAAGGGUGCACUGAGGGUUAGAGUUCCGGCAUAUUCGCGGCGGAAUCCGUUGGAGGAAUUCGAGCAGAACGGAGAAGGGAAACUAAAUGUUCAAUUUGAUGUACCACAAAAACAAUCGGAAGCUCAAUUAAAGUAUAAGAAAAGUUUCAGGUUUCGUCCUGCAGAUAUUUUAGCACCUAAUAACUAUAACCAGCAGGAAGAUGAUCGAGAAGCUUCAGCCCUGCGUGAUGAAUUAGAUAUGCUUCAAGAAGAAAACGAUAAUAUACUGGAUAAGCUUCACAAUGCUGAAGAAAGACGCGAAGCAGCAGAAGCAAGGGCUAAAGAGCUUGAGAAACAGGUUGCUUCUCUAGGUGAAGGAGCAAACUUUGAUGUCAAGCUCUUGAAGAGGAAAGAAGCCGCAUUGCGUCAAAGAGAGGCAGCAUUAAGGGCUGCUGAACAGAAAAGAGAUGGAAGAAAUAGGGAAACUGAUGCCCUAAGUGCAGAAUUUCAGUGCUUGAAAGAUGAAGCUGAGAAGGCUGCCGAACAGCUCCACGAGGCUGAAGCUGAAACAAAGUCUCUUCGAACAAUGAUACAUAGAACCAUUCUGACUCAAGAAGAAAUGGAGGAAGUUGUCCUAAAGAGAUGCUGGCUUGCUCGCUACUGGGAACUAGCUGUUCAACAUGGAAUAUGUGAUGAUAUAUCCACGUUAAGACAUGAACGUUGGUCAGCUUUAGCUCCUCUUCCCUUUGAAGUUGUCCUUUCUGCUGCCCAAAAGCCUGAAGACUCAUGGCAAACAGGUGGUAGCGACCGCACUUGGAGCAAAAUCGUCAGUAAUUUCAGUGAUGUCAAUGGAGAAGGAAACAUAGAGAGUAUGCUUGCUGUUGAAGCGGGUUUGCGAGAGAUAGCAUCCUUGAAGGUAGAGGAUGCUUUAAUGCUUGCACUUGCUCGGUCUAGACACAGAAAUGUGGUCCGACAAGCCGUCAGUGAUUCCAGGGUACAAGGGGAAUCUAAGUUCUCCGACGCAUUUGAGUUGAGCGAAGAUGAGCAACAUGAUAUUCUCUUUAAAGAGGCAUGGUUGCUGUAUUUUUGGAAAAGAGCUAAAAUCCACGGCGUGGAAAGUGAUAUAGCGGAAGAGCGUCUUCAGUUCUGGAUCAAUCGUCUCGGGCAACAGCCAUCUUCACAUGAUGCAGUUGAUGUGGAAAGAGGAAUGAGGGAGCUAAGGAAGCUCGGAAUAGAACAACAGUUGUGGGAGACAUCUCGUAAGGAACUCAUCGACUCAUCUUUUCUUCCUUCUCAUUCCGUUUCUGACUACUAUGAUGAGUGACCGACCACCUCUAAUCUCGCCUUUGCCUCCAAUAUUUUACAUUCACGACAUAGACGCACACACACACAUAUACACACACAAAGGUUAUCAAAAUCACUCUCCUUCCUUUUCCACAAAAGGUUAGAAAGACAGAAGAAUUCAAUACUACAAUGUACAUGCUUUGCUUUCAGACUGUGUUCCUAUUGUUGUGGAUAUUCUUUGACUUCCAUGUUGUUACUUGUAUAAUAUACUCUUCAAUACUUUACCUCAUACAAGUUUUUGAGAACAAAAA